CAAAAUAUCCAAAGUGUGCAAAGCGUUAAAGUGGGUGCCACUGGGUGGGGAGCGAAUUCCUUUAAACGUGACCUUCCUGAAUUUGAUCCAGUUUCACUUUCCUUUCUGGUGACAGACGCUCAGAAGUGAGAGGUCGUCGUAAAGACGAAAGCUGGCAAAGGGGGCUCCUUGUAAGCCCUAUAUUUUCUUCUUCCAUGACUUGAGACAACAAUGUUGUAUGUUUAAGUGGAGCAGCGGAAGAGUCUUUGGAUGCACAACGACCUGCAGUAACUCAAACAUAAGAUAGGACAGUAGGCCGACUUGAAGUUUCUGCUUGGUCACAUUCGUGAAGUGUGCGUCAUUUGUGCAUUACCUGACGUCUAAGGUGCAAUAAUGGCUUCUGAAGUUUUACCAAGAGGAAACCUGAAAGAAGCGGAGGAGCUGGCCCUCUCCCUGGGUGAAGCCAUCAGCAGUGGAGAGGCAGAGGAGGCAGCUGAGCUGUGCAAGAAGCUCUCCCAUCUCUCUGUUGCAGUGUCUGUCAGCAUCAAGAGCCAUGUCUACCCUCAGGACUCUAUUAGAUUGAUGGUUGGUGUGGAGGAUGCCCAGUCAGUCGACUAUAUCCCAGUGACUCUUGUUGUUUCCUGUGGCAUGACAAUUGCAGAGCUUAAAGAUAAGAUAAGCCAAGACUAUGGGUUCCACCCAGAGCUCCAGCGCUGGGUGAUCGGUAAACGUCUAGCCCACGACCAGGACACGCUGUACAGCCACGGUGUGCGCAGGAGCGGAGAUCAGGCUUUCCUGUUUAUCCUCUCUGCCCAUGCCGCCAGCCUUACUCGGCAUCAACAGAAUCAGCACGAGGAACAACAGCGUUUUGCUCGGAUUGUGGAUUCAAUGCACUCAAUUCAGCUUAACCCCAGAGGCCUGGGCGGUGGUGACAAAAUGGCUCCCCCGCCUGUUCCUCCUAAAAACAUCACUCCUCCUAAACCUCCUGUGGCUCCUAAACCUCAGGUGGGCUGGGCCUGUUCGCAGUGCACCUACGUUAACAAGCCAACGCGCCCCGGCUGUGAGAUGUGUGGAGGGGAAAGGCCACAGAACUACGAGGUGCCAGACAUCUACCAGCCAGACCAGGAGGAAAUCUUGCGCAUUCAACAAGAAGAGCAGGCCUUACUGCAAUAUGAAGAGGCUCAGCAGCUAGAACGUGAGGCGAACUACCUGCACUUGUUGGCCACAGAUGAGCAUAACCUCAUCUCUAAUGCCGAAGACGCAGAUUGCCCCAUCUGCUACUCUCCUCUACAGCCAGGAGAGGGCGCUGUGCUCAGGGAGUGUCUGCACACCUUCUGCAGGGAGUGUCUCACAGGGACAGUCAUAAACAGCCAGGAUGCGGAGGUGUCUUGUCCGGACACGGAUUGUGAGAGCAAGCUAUUGGACCGAGAGAUAAAAGAGCUGCUCUCGGAAGAGGAGCACCAGCGGUUUUUGGAGCUGCGUUUGAACAUUGCAGAGAGCCGCUCCGAGCACAGCUUCCACUGCCAGACUCCCAACUGUCGAGGGUGGUGCAUCUACGAGGAUGAAGUCAACGAGUUCCUCUGCAACCUCUGCAAUGAGACCAACUGCAUCCUCUGCCGAGCCAUCCACAAAGACAUGAAUUGUAAGGACUACCAGGAUGACCUGCGUAUCCGAGCAGAGAACGACAAAGCUGCUCAGCAGACCAAGCAGAUGUUGGAGAGCAUGCUGCAGAAAGGAGAAGCCAUGAAAUGCCCACGAUGUGAGAUCAUCGUCCAGAAAAAAGAUGGCUGCGAUUGGAUCUGUUGUGUGAUGUGCAAGACGGAAAUCUGCUGGGUGACCAAACAAGCUCGAUGGGGACCAAAUGGAACUGGAGAUACAUCCGGUGGUUGUAGAUGUCGGGUCAACAAUCAGUCUUGCCAUCCCAACUGCCAGAACUGCCACUGAGACAAGCACACUCAUAAGCUCAACACGAUUCAGCUUUAUCACCAUGAACCGGUUGGAUUGUCUUAAGCAUCUAAUGCAUUACAAUCUUGGCUGCAUUAUAUUUUAUACACCUCUAUAUAAAAACUGUGAUGGCACAUUAACCAUUGUAGCGGAAAAUGUAAUUUCUACAUCCACAGCCAAAUAUCCAAACUGUUGGCACAUUGAAAAAUACCUCGCUGAGAAUUCUUCGUUUAUUAUUUCUGCUGAUGAACUGAUGCGCUGUGAUACCUAACAUCCAGCGACUCCUUUCAAUGUAGCCCCUAGUAUCAACCAGUGAGUUUGUGUGCUUUCUAACAAAAUUGCAGAAAAAACAACAACCUUCUAACACCUUAACAGCCUUAAUGUUAGGACUUCCCUUCAGUUUGUGAUCAUGGCAUUAUAAUUCAACAGUUUUUCUCUGUAAUUUGUCACUUUCCAACUCAGUACUUCUCAACUAAGCACCAGACUAAUUUAAUUUUACAAUUACUGGAGCCAACUAAGAUGAAAAUAUUUUGAAGUUGUAAUUCAUGUAUGUUUGUGCUGUUUUAAUGAUGACACCUAUGAACUGUUGUGGGGAAAUUGUUUGAAAAUGUGUUAUUUGGUCAGACGGGUGCUGUUUACAUUAAUUGCAUGUUUUUAACACUGCAAAUCACCAUAUCUUGAUGCACUUAGGGAUAUUGAAGUUUAAGGUUUAACAGCUGAAAGAUCAAUAAUGAAAUGUAUUUCAUAAUUUCUUUAUCUGAAUUUCUUCAGCGUUUACUUCUAAAGAAGUUGAGGAUGAAAUGUAUUGCACAAUGUGUUCUAUAGCUUUAAAAGGUGUUUUGGCUCUUACUCGUCUUUACUCAGGAAGCACACAUUUAAUAUAAGACAUUUUACCAAGUCAUAUUUUUUUUUUUGAAUGACUUUAAAUUCUUAAGCAAUGAGAUUAUUUCAAAAAAUGAGAUUUUUGAAAAUGUUUGUCAACCUUGGUUGUUUUUUAAUUCUUACAGCCUUACCGCGGAAUUGUGUUGCUUCAGAACUUCCCAUUACAUUUUGCAACAGCAUUUAAACAUGCCUUGCCAUGUUUAUACUGUAAACAUUUCCUCAUCCAGUAUGGGGACAUUGCAAAAUAUUGACAUUAAUUGUAAUAAACUGGAAAAACUUGGAAAA